UAACUUAGUUACUACAAAACCAUUUCUGGUCGUGGUCUGGAAAUUAUUACUGUACUUUAUUGUAGCUAACAACCUACUUAGUUAAAGAAAAUAAAGCGUGCUGGGUAACUGUGCAUUGAAUCUCGAUUCUGGACUGUAUAUAAUAGUCAUUCUCACUAGAAAAGGUGUAGAGAGACGCUAUUUUGUAGUAUGAUUUAAUUGAUUGGCCUUUUCUGACACGGUAGUUGUGAUGUUUAAAAAACGCGUUUAUUUUGACCUCUUUAAUAUCCCUUCCAUGUUCGUGAAGGUGGUUGGAAUAUCUGUUAUCUUCGAUCGAGCGAACGCUGAGACUCAUUCAAAAUGUCAGCUACAGUAUUGUGUUUAAAGUUGACUUAGCAAAUGACUUAGCAAAUGUUUGAUAGAAAUGUGUUCGUUUUGUUAGCCUCUUAAACUGCAAAUCUAAUUUGCGAAACGUUAGCUAGUUCUGUAGCUUGCUGGCUACAUUUAGCUACCAUCCGCUGACAGGUCACCAGUCAAACUUUUGCACCGGCAGCUUAGUAACGUUAGGCUAGUUUAGUAAGCUAGCUAGUAGGGUCAGGAUUGCCCUCUGGUUAAUUACGUCAAGUAAAUUACGAGAUUAUUUCCCUAACUAGCGAACUAAAGAAACUAACCUAAUUAACUUCAGUAGCUACCGUUAUCCGGCCCUGUCAAAUAUUAAUUGUAUCUGUGGCCUAGAGGAUUGAGUCAUUGCUAAUAUAUAGACUGGUUAGCUUGCCACAUCGCUCGCCUUGAAGUUGGCUACAUGAGCUAACUUAACAUUACGCAUUAGCAACCGGUCUAUCAGUCAUCAUGCGGCAAAUGUUCGACAAUCAAUGUAAACCGUUUGCUAUGGAGAAUGAAGUGGUUAGUCGAGUGAGAAAGGACUGAUGACAUCAGUAACUUUAUUCUUUAGUACUUUCUGUCAACAACAUCUUGAUACAAACGACCUAGUAUUCGUUGAAUGUCUAGCAGUUACUCGCCACCUUGCGUGUGACCGUACGCUACAAGCUAGGAAGCUAACUCCAGAAUUUAACCUACGACAUAACCAACUUCGCUAAGCACUCUUCGAAUAUAUAUUUUUGGGAAUAACCUGUGCAUUUUCACCAGCGUCACCACCAAUUUGUUGUAUUUUAUUCUAAACGGAAAUGGCUGGCAAUACACUAAUGGGUGAUGCAAAUAAAGACACUGAAGACGCAAGUGAAACUGACCUAGCGAAACAUGACGAGGAUGACUAUGUGGAAAUCAAAGAACAAAUGUACCAAGACAAGUUGGCAUCAUUGAAAAGACAGUUGACACAACUCCAAGAAGGUACACUUCAAGAGUACCAGAAGAGAAUGAAGAAGCUGGACCAGCAAUACAAAGAGCGGCUUCGGAAUGCUGAUCUCUUCCUACAGCUGGAGACAGAACAGGUGGAGAGGAACUACAUCAAAGAGAAAAAGGCUGCGGUGAAAGAAUUUGACGAUAAGAAGGUAGAGCUGAAGGAGAACUUAAUUGCAGAGCUGGAGGAGAAGAAGAAGAUGAUUGAGAAUGAGAAGUUAACCAUGGAGCUCACAGGCGAUUCCAUGGAGGUGAAACCUAUUAUGACCCGGAAGUUGAGGAGGAGGCCAAACGAUCCAGUCCCCAUUCCAGACAAACGGAGGAAACCAGCACCUGCUCAGUUGAAUUACCUGCUGACAGAAGAACAGAUAACAGAAGAUCUACGAACACUGAACAAGCAGCUCAAGUCACCGAAGCGUCCAGCUUCCCCGUCAUCUCCAGACCACAUGCCCGCCGCUCCGAUGGAGGCCCCCUCCCAGCGCUACGAGGCCCGCAUCGAAGAGGGAAAACUCUAUUAUGACAAGAGAUGGUACCACAGGAGUCAGGCAAUCUACCUGGAAUCUAAGGAGAACACCAAGAUCAGCUGUGUCAUCAGCUCUGUGGGAACAAACGAGAUCUGGGUGAGGAAGACCAGCGACAGCACAAAGAUGAGGAUCUACCUGGGACAGCUACAGAGAGGAGCGUUUGUCAUCCGCCGACGGUCGGCGGCAUAAUCGCCAACCUUUUUUCACUCCAUCCAUCCCUCCCUCCAGAAUUCUCUCAUUCUCUUACAUAUCUGUCCAUACACUAUGCCGCUUCCCUCCUCAUGUUGCUCCCCAUCCUACGCCGUGCCCGAGGAAGUCUUCUCAACGACUUCCUGCCGUUUCAACCACAGGAAGGGAAGUGUGAGACUGCAACCCAGCAUUCUGUGAAUUAGUUUUUCAGCCACCCUCAAGCGCAGAUGGAAGCCAUUUUUCCUAGCCUUUUUUUUUUUCUCCUGUCAAUAAUCGAGCCCCGUCUCAAAAGCCCUACAACUGUACAGAGCUAAAGGAAUGGAAAGCCGUGGUGAAUGAAAUGUCAAAAUAUACCCGCCAUACAUUAUUGAGUUGAGUUCUUUACUUUCUACAAACACUAUGUAAUCCUCCCCAAUUUACACAAGUGUAUUGAAGGUUGGAGCAGAUUUUGGAAUGGAUUUUUAUUUUUAUUAACGUGUUUUUGUGAGAGUUUCCUUGAGGUUGGUGGUUCAUCUGAAAAUCACGUUUUUUCUAAGAUCCAAGCUUAUCGGAACUACAUUAAAUAGGCUGGAGGGGAAAAUGGACAGACAACAUGUCAAUCAACAUUCAUCUGGUACUUUCUGUUAUUGUGUUUUUCUGCGCCUGUUUUACCUCUUUCUUGUAAAAAUAUAUAUAUAAUGUAUUGGAUUCACUUUUUUAAGAUUUUAAUUUGUAUCUGUGUUGACAUUAAAUUAGUUCAGUUCA